AUGAAAUUUCUUAAACUUGGAUCUAACCCAAACGGUCAAUUGCUCAAUGGCAACACAUGUCUUCAUCUGUCUACAAUUAAUGGACACAUUGAAUGUAUUCGACAUUUGCUUAAGUUUGGUGGUAAUCCAUUUCUUGAAAAUAGUCUCGGUUUGACACCAUGGAAUAAUUUAUCUCAAUUAAACGAAACAAUCGAACUUGAAUGUCUGCAACUAUUUGUUGAUCUUAAUCAAAGUCUACCACCUGCGGACUUGAUUUUUGAUGCCAUUGAACAUGAUCAUAUAAAUACGUAUGACUAUUUAUUAUCAAUCACACAUGAAGAAUUAAAAAGUAAUCCUUCAUAUUGUUCGCGCUUAUUACGGACAGCAUUAAGAUCAUCGAAUACUUAUUUUCUCGAACGCUUAUUUGCUAUGAUACCUAGACAAGACUUUGUUCAAUUUAUAAAUCUUAAUACAUUUAUUUCAAAUGAAUGCCUUGGUGUUUUAUCGACAUUAGGUGAUAAAGAAAAUCAUUCCAAACCUAUCAAUGUAAUAGUUCGUAUAAUAUCAUCAAAUAAUGAACAUCGAUACUGUUACGCUAUUGGUACACUAUCUAUAACAGCAGAUUUAUCUUGGCUUGAACUCGAACGAACAUGUGUAAAACUAUUUAUGGAUCAUAUUACACAAAUCGAUUCACCAUUUGAUUAUACAAAAUCGUCUAUUGGUUGUACAGCUAAUCAUAUUGAUAUAAUAACACUUGGCUUAACUAAAUGGAAUUAUCAAGAUAGUCCAAAUGAUGAAUCACCAAUGCCAUAUACAGCUGCACAUGUACAAGAUACGUUAACUAUUUAUCUUAAAGGAAUUCAAAGCAAUACAACGGACUCAUUAGCAUAUAAUUAUUUCAUUCCAAGUCAAAAUUUAAAAAAUUUUAUUCGCUAUAUUGAACAAAAUCCUUAUGUUGGAGUUUAUGGCGCAGCAUAUUUACAGAAAAAAGCAUUAUUUGAAGAUCUUAUGCGAUAUUUAGAACGGCCAAUGGCUUUUUCAACUAGUGCUAAGUUCCAAGUGGUUAAAUUUGAAUUUGAAAGUGUUACAAGUUUAGACGAUUGCAUUGAUGAACUUGUUGAACAAAACUUUUUACGUACAAAUCAAUGGUCGAAUGAACAACAAUCAUCUACAAAAUAUUUAUUAUAUUUUGCUAAUAUACAAAACAGUGCUGGAACGGACGUACUUAAAUUACUAUUAAAUGGUGAAUCAUCGUCUGGUACAUGUCAAAAAGUAUCCUACACCAGAGAAGAAGAUUCCAAAUCGACAAUAGUUUAUUACUUUCCAUCGAUGUUUCAUAUAUUUAUCACAAUGAGUAAACGUACGUGGUCAACUGAACAUGAAGUUUAUAAGAAAUUUAAAUGGAUACCAUUUAAACUUGAAAAUCCGCCAUGGAAUGGUUUACUUAAACGACAUUUGUGGAGACGUAUGAUUGAUAUAAAUAUUCGUGAAAAUCGAUUGGUUGAUAAUGAAUUGAUUAAAACGCUGCAGUGGGUAACAAAUGUAUGGCAACGUUAUAAUGAAUGUUUACAAAAAUUGAGUCUUCAAGAUGCAUUACUUGGGCCUGCCUUAUUUUUCGAUUGUCCGAUGGAACGUGAAAAUAUUUUUGAGUGGUUACAAACCAAAUGGAAUACAAUAGUAGCUCCGCUUGUCCGUGAAUUUUCAAUGAAUAAAUGUGCUCAACCAAAACCGAAAGCAUCAACAUCAGCGACGGCAGCUGCAACAGCUAUUGCUUCAUCAUUACGUGCCAAUAGUCUUGAGAUUAGUACGCCUUAUGAAUCAGUGGCAUGUACUGCUCUAUAUGUUUUAUUACAUCGAGCUGUCUCACGUGAUUGCCCAUUGACAGGCCAAGAACGUGAACAAUACUUACUGAAUUUUGUUGGUAGUCGUUUGGAAGGUAGUAGUUCAUCGUCGAUGAUUUCCUCAGCAGCAUCAAGCCGUGCUGGUACUCCCCAACCAUCCAAUUAUUGUGACUUUGUAUCUAUACAACUCGAGUGA